AUGGUUAAGGGAACUAUUGCUCUGCUGGCUCUGGCUGGCCCAGUACUCGCUGGUGUUAUCCAAAACCGAGGUGUGGAUCAUGGGGCUCCGGCUACAAUUGAUCUGGCUCACAAGGAACCUCCUCAAUGGACUGAGGCUCCCAACCCUCCUCCUCGCCCUACUGGGUCUCACAAGGAGCCUCCUCAUAACACGGAGCCUAGUCAUGAGAAACCUACUCAUGAGAAGCCUCCCAAUAAGGAGCCCAGCAAGACUGAGCCUCCUCAUACGGAGCCUACUCAUGAGAAGCCCACCGGCACGGAGCCUGCACACACCAAGCCGGAGCCUACCCAUGAGAAGCCUACUCACGGCACGGAGCCUCCACACACCAAGCCGGAGCCUACCCAUGAGAAGCCCACAGGCACUGAGCCCCCUCACACCAAGCCGGAGCCUACCCAUGAGAAGCCCACCGGCACUGAGCCCCCUCACACCAAGCCGGAGCCUACCCAUGAGAAGCCCACCGGCACUGAGCCCCCUCACACCAAGCCCACCGGCACUGAGCCCCCUCACACCAAGCCUCAGCCUACGCAGGAGAAGCCCACUGGCACUGAGCCCCCUCACACCAAGCCCACCGGCACUGAGCCCCCUCACACCAAGCCUCAGCCUACGCAGGAGAAGCCCACUGGCACUGAGCCCCCUCACACCAAGCCCACCGGCACUGAGCCCCCUCACACCAAGCCCACCGGCACUGAGCCCCCUCACACCAAGCCUCAGCCUACGCAGGAGAAGCCCACUGGCACUGAGCCCCCUCACACCAAGCCCACUGGCACUGAGCCCCCUCACACCAAGCCCACCGGCACUGAGCCCCCUCACACCAAGCCCACCGGCACUGAGCCCCCUCACACCAAGCCUCCCCAUCAGACGGAGCCUCCUCACAACACCCAGCCCAUCACGGAGAUCACCAAGACAACCACCUAUGUUACUACUGAGUGCCCUGUCACGUCUUCUGUUGUCACCUCUGGCACCAAGACUCUCACCGUUCCCAUCACUCAGACUAACAUCAUUACGGUCACCACCACAUUCUGUGAGUCGUCGACCUUGCCGCCUGUGAAGCCUGUGCCCACUGGCACUGGUGUUCCUCUGCCACCAGCACCGGUACCGGUACCUCCUAAGAACAGCACUCUUCUGCCACCUGCUCCAGUUCCCACUGCUCCCUUCCAGAACACCACCGUCCCGGUUGCCCCUACCCAGCCAGUUCCUGUGGCUCCUGGUCAAUCUACUGUCCCCGGAAAGCCAGUCACUACUCAACCCUCUGUUCCAGGCGAGACCCCUGUCCAGCCUGUUGUUCCGGGAGAGACCCCUGUCCAGCCUGUUGUUCCGGGAGAGACUCCUGUCCAGCCUUCCGUCCCUGGUGAAACCCCUGUCCAGCCUGUUGUUCCGGGAGAGACUCCUGUCCAGCCUUCCGUCCCUGGUGAAACCCCUGUCCAGCCUGUUGUUCCGGGAGAGACCCCUGUCCAGCCUGUUGUUCCGGGUGAGACUCCCGUCCAGCCCACUGGCGUCUCUCCUGUACAACCUUCUGUUCCUGGCGAGACUCCCGUCCAGCCCACCGGUGUCUCUCCUGUACAACCUUCUGUUCCUGGCGAGACUCCCGUCCAGCCCACCGGUGUCUCUCCUGUACAACCUUCUGUUCCUGGCGAGACUCCCGUCCAGCCCACCGGUGUCUCUCCUGUACAACCUUCUGUUCCUGGCGAGACUCCCGUCCAGCCCACCGGUGUCUCUCCUGUACAACCUUCUGUUCCUGGCGAGACUCCCGUCCAGCCCACCGGUGUCUCUCCUGUACAACCUUCUGUUCCUGGCGAAACUCCCGUCCAGCCCACCGGCGUCUCCCCCGUCCAGCCAUCCGUUCCAGGUGAAACUCCCGUCCAGCCUACUGGCGUCUCUCCUGUGCAACCUUCUGUUCCUGGCGAGACUCCCGUCCAGCCCACCGGUGUCUCUCCUGUACAACCUUCUGUUCCUGGCGAGACUCCCGUCCAGCCCACCGGUGUCUCUCCUGUACAACCUUCUGUUCCUGGCGAGACUCCCGUCCAGCCCACCGGUGUCUCUCCUGUACAACCUUCUGUUCCUGGCGAGACUCCCGUCCAGCCCACCGGUGUCUCUCCUGUACAACCUUCUGUUCCUGGCGAAACUCCCGUCCAGCCCACCGGCGUCUCUCCUGUGCAACCUUCUGUUCCUGGCGAGACUCCCGUCCAGCCCACCGGUGUCUCUCCUGUACAACCUUCUGUUCCUGGCGAGACUCCCGUCCAGCCCACCGGUGUCUCUCCUGUACAACCUUCUGUUCCUGGCGAAACUCCCGUCCAGCCCACCGGCGUCUCCCCCGUCCAGCCAUCCGUUCCAGGUGAAACUCCCGUCCAGCCUACUGGCGUCUCUCCUGUGCAACCUUCUGUUCCUGGCGAGACUCCCGUCCAGCCCACUGGCGUCUCUCCUGUGCAACCUUCUGUUCCUGGCGAGACUCCCGUCCAGCCCACCGGCGUCUCCCCCGUCCAGCCAUCCGUUCCAGGUGAAACUCCCGUCCAGCCUACUGGCGUCUCUCCUGUGCAACCUUCUGUUCCUGGCGAGACUCCCGUCCAGCCCACCGGUGUCUCUCCUGUACAACCUUCUGUUCCUGGCGAGACUCCCGUCCAGCCCACCGGUGUCUCUCCUGUACAACCUUCUGUUCCUGGCGAAACUCCCGUCCAGCCCACCGGCGUCUCCCCCGUCCAGCCAUCCGUUCCAGGUGAAACUCCCGUCCAGCCUACUGGCGUCUCUCCUGUGCAACCUUCUGUUCCUGGCGAGACUCCCGUCCAGCCCACUGGCGUCUCUCCUGUGCAACCUUCUGUUACUGGCGAGACUCCCGUCCAGCCCACUGGCGUCUCCCCCGUCCAGCCCACCACUCCUGGCGAGACCCCAGUCGCGCCUACUGGUGUCUCCCCAGCUCAGCCCUCCCAGCCACCACUCACUGGUGCUGCUCGGGCUGUCAAGCCUACUGUCGGUCUCUUGGCUGCAGUCAUGGGUGUGAUGAUCCUGCUCUAA